AUUUGCGAUCUUCAGAAGAAAUCUGAAACAAUGAGGUUUGUAAUCUCAUUGUGUGUGCCGCUACUGUUGCUGGUUAACGGUGAAACAACCAAUGGGCAAACGUCAGUGACAUCCAGUGACCCAUGCUCGAAUUACAAUAUGCUUGAUGACUAUUGGAGAGACAUACACCAAACCCAAUCCAAUAACUUGGGAAAUGAUGACCGGCUGGUUGAGUGGAAUGGCUGGUAUCGUCUGUUUUUGAAUGGACAAAGUGCUCAGAUGUCUGAGGUGUGUACAACUUACACAGGAUGUGGAGGUGAAACUGGACUUUAUCUCAGUGGUUCUCAUCCACGAAUCGAGGAUGGCGAGGUGACCCGUGAAGUCGUGGGAACUAUUAUGUGGUCCUUUUUCAUGUGCGGUGCCGACAGAACACAUCCCAUUCAAGUCAAAGCUUGCCCUGGAGAUUAUUAUGUCUAUAAAUUUGUCAAACCUGAUAUGUCCAUCUCUCGACCCUCAUACUGUGCAGUUGCGUUCAACAGCAUUGACAAUGAUCCUUGUUACAACUACAAACCUCUGGAUCGUCCCUGGAGAGCCUCAAAUGAAGCAGGAUUGUACAUUUGUGAUGGGACUUUCUCCUGGAGUGGCUGGUACAGACUUUACCACAAUGGGAUGAACAUCCGAAUGGCAGAGAACUGUGUUAAUUCUGGGGCCUGUAACACACAGUACGGUCUGUGGCUAAAUGGCCCUCACCCUCACAUUGAGGAUGGAGUGGUGACCCGAGAGGUCUGUGGGGACUCAAUGGUAGAGUGCUGCUUAUAUUCGUUAAUACCCAUCAGAGUCAAAGCCUGCCCAGGCGGUUACUAUGUCUAUGAAUUGCCACAGCCACAUCCAGACUACUGUACAGGAUAUUGCACAGAUAUCAACACUAUAUCUGAGGUAGUUUCCCCUACAAUUCCAACUUCAAUAAAUGGAUCCAUCACAACAUUGACUGUGAGAGAUCCCUGCUUUGAACUUAACUGUACUGAGGAUGAGUGGUGUGGAGAACAGAAUGGUGUUUACGGCUGUUUCUGUAACGAAGAUCACCCCACAUCUGACCCUGGCAAUUUCGAUGUCUAUGAGACGUGUGAAAACAGCUCUGGGUUUGUGUCUUUGUCUCGUUGUCAGCUCUUUGAAGCCGGUUUUCCAUCUGAUCUCUUACACCUGAAUGACCCCAGCUGUAAAGGAACUGUCCAGAAUGGCAGACUGAAGUUCAGAUUUGAUAACAAUGAUCACAUCUGUGGUACAAGUCUUGUGGCCAAUGGUACUCACUUCAUCUGUGAGAAUUUUAUCACGGGACAGCCAGGCCCAUCUGAAGGUGUCAUCAGCAGAGAGAGAGGUCUGAAGCUGUCUUUCAGCUGUAUCUACCACCAAACCCAAACAGUCUCAAUGGACAUCAACCCUCUGGAGAGCCGAAUACACAGAACAUUUCAAGGUGAAGGGACAUAUCAGGUCAGGAUGGUUCCUUAUCUGGACGCUGAAUUCUCAGUUCCCUUCAAUGGAAGUGUGGGUGUGAAGGUGAAUGAGGAGGUUUUUGUUGAAGUUGGUGUUUAUGGAGUUGACAGGGAUCAGUUUGCCUCUGUGAUUGAUGGAUGUUGGGCUACACCUGUGAACGAUCCUCUGUCAUCUCUCCGCUGGGAUCUCAUCACUGAAGAGUGUCCCAACCCACAUGACAAAACAGCGAAGCUUCUGCAGAACGGCGUCUCUACAUCCAGCCGUUUCUCCUUCAGGAUGUUCGUCUUUACUGCAGACUCCAAUAAGGUUUACCUGCACUGUAAAGUUCACCUUUGUCUCCGGACCAACAAUGACUGCUCAGCUCACUGUUACCCUGGACACCACAUGAGGGAGCGAAGAUCUGUUGACUUCCAUGACACGUCUUCUAUAUCUAUGGGUCCACUGGUCUGGUCUGAAGGGAACUUGGAUAUUGUGGCCCCAGAACUGAGAAGAUCUCAGGCCUCAGGUCUGUGCGGCUCAAUGAUGUUACUGCUUCUUUUGUUUCUGAAUGCCUUCAUCCUCUUCUAGAAGAAUCUGACUGAUUUAGAAAAUAUGUGUACGCAUUUGAUUAUGCUCAUAUUUUGUCUGUUGUCUUUUUAUUGAUUUUUAAAGAGACCUUAAUGAUAAUGUUAAUGGGUGAUAACUGGAUACUGUAUGAUUGCAGUAGGAUUGCAUUUGAUUAUUAUUGAUGAUUAUUGUUUUUAAAUUUAUUUUCAAAUACUUGUAACAGUCAGUGUAAAAAUAAAUAGUUUCCUGGUAUCAUG